AUGGAUCCCGAGACCAAAGCCCAGAAGCUGAAACUUAUUGCUUCUCAGCCGCCGACAACCCUCCCCAACGUCCGAAUCGCUGCUGUCAGCACCAUCCUCGAAAAGACCUUCCAUGCGACCACGCUGCUGACCGACGGCGGCAAGGGCCGAAUCGUGGGCGAAGAGGAGCUGUCCGAGGGCGCCCUUCUUCGCUUCCACAGCACCUUCUCGCUCUGGAUCUGCAACCACGCCGCUGUCGAACGCAUCAGGCGCCCCAAGUACCUGGAGCUGGCCUUUCGCGAGGAUCUCGGAGACGACAUGAAAGAACUUGCCCUUGGGUUUUGGAAAGACAGGAUUGACUUCCCCGGUUGGAAAGACUUUGGCCCCCCCAACAAUCACGGAGACACCAGAAGUGUCUACGUCCCUGCCGAGCUCGCACACUACCGCGGGUACCUCGUUGCGAGCAUCAUGGGGAACACCGCCUCCGCUACAGCUUUGUUCGUCAUGUUCUACGGCUUGAGAAACCCCCGAAUGUGCGAGUGCUGCGCCCGCAAGUACGCGACGACAACAACGGAAUCUGGCGAGCAUAUCCUCGGCCCCUUUGCCGACUGCGUCUCCUACUCGAAAGCCCUCGGAGGAUCCUGUGCCAACUGUAUCUGGGAAGGCCACCAAGACUGCACCUGGAAGUUCCUCAACCGAUAUUUGCCGGCCAUGAAACUGGACGGACUAUCGGAGCUGCCAAUGCCUCAGGAAGUCAGACGCUUGGUCGAAGUCAUGACUGCAGCAUUCCGCUCUGGUGCUCUGAACCCAACGAGCUGCCCACGUGUUACAUGCAAGCUCACUGGUCUGCCACUGGGCCCCGAGGACAAAGAAGACGCAGUGAAGGAGACAAAUGAGGAGCUCGAAGCUCGGUACAAAGCCAAGCUCGAAGCUCAGUACCUAGCCGAGUUCGAAGCUCAGUACCUAGCCGAAUUUUAGAUCUUGUAGCCGUGGUUAGGAGGGAGCAGAUGGGAGGCAGUGUAUUGAAGCUGUUGGCCUUCUACGACAGAGACAUGUUCAACCCGGCAUGCUUUCAGGACUCUGGACACCGACAUUUGGAGUUUAUUUCCCAGAGAUGGAAGUCGAUACUUGCUGAAGUCAGUUGGGGGAAUUGUUGGAAGGCCUUGCCAUGCCCACUUUCGGUGGUGGCUUUUCAGAAUUGAAGGGACUUUGGCUACCUUCGAUGAGCGUGGCUCAUUGCCUACCGAGUUUCAUAAGUAGCAGCCUAGAUGCAAAUAGCACAAGAUGAUUCUCUAUGGAUCUCAAUAA